CAUGACCGACUUCCUCGCGCGCGAGAGCGAGCUCCUCGGCGACGAGUUCAGCAGCGCCGCGGGCGGCGGCGGCGGCGCGGGGCUCGACGGCGACAUCGACGUCGACCGCGCGGCGUCUGCGUUCCCCGACAUCUCGCUCGACGGCGAGGGCGACAUCCCGCUGCCUGCCGCGACCGUGGGCGGUACCAGCAAUACAGGGUUCGACUUUGACAGCUUCGAGCCGCCGCAGGAGAGGGUGACGGAGGUGAAGGUGACGGGGGAUGAUGAGAUUGAGAAGUUUGAGGAUCAGUUUCCGGAUAUCGAGGUUCCAGAGCAAACACUCUCUCCCCCACCUGCACAGCAGCAGCCGACGUUCGGUGCCCUGCCCACCUUUGCGCCCCGCCCGCAGCCCUCGCCGUACACCUCCACCCCCAUCCUGAACCAACAGCUGCAGGAAGACGAGCCCGAGGUGAUCAAACAAUGGCGGGAGCGGCAGGCCGAGGAGAUCAAGGCGCGCGACGAGGCGGCGAAGCAGAAGCGCGAGGAGACCAUCGCGCGGGCCGAACGCGCGAUUGACUCGUUCUACGAGGACUACAACGCAAAGAAGGAGCGGCAGAUCCGGGAGAACAAGGAGCACGAGGCGGAGUUCCUGGACGCGAUGCAGGAGAGCCUGUCCGCGGGGACGACGUGGUCGCGCAUCUGCGACCUCGUCGAGCUGCAGAACUCGCAGAGCAAGACGCUCGCGCGCACGGGGCCCGGCACGACUGACCUCUCGCGCUUCAAGGAGGUGCUGCUCCGGCUCAAGCGCGAGGGCGACGCGGCGCCUGGCGCGGCUGGGUACUAGUGGUUCGAGUUGCAGCUGUUCGCGGUAUUACUAUAGUGAAAGUAUAUUUUUGACUACGUGCAUACGGACUCGGGCGAAACUUUGUUGGAU